GUCACGCGGCACAGCGUCACGCAUCGGAAGUGGGAACGAGAGGCAGCGGCAGUCGCAGCAGUCGCAGGCGGGACAACAACAACAACGAGGACGAGGAGGACUGCGGCGGUGGCCGCUGCGUUUAGCGCGCCCGUACCAAUCCACACUUAGCUCUCUCCCGCCCUGAACAGCAAUCACUCUUUUCGGUUUUGUUUGUUUGUUUAAAUAGCGGCCGCGUACGUUCGCACGGCGAGUCCCUACGCCAUAUCGCUACGUGUGUACAUUCGCCACCCCCAUCCCCUUCCCCUCACCGCCCCCCCCCUCCCCUCCAAAAGAACUCUUAAAGAAUCGCUGCCGCACGCGUCCGUGAAGAGAAGUGAGGAGGUGGUGAGGACGGCCCCUGCGCUUGAUGUCUGCUGCGGCUGUGCGCGGCCAUGCGUCUGCUGGGCGAAUGGUGGCUGCAUGUGUGCUUGCUGGCUGUGCCACUCAUCGCUAUCUACCUGAACAUCCCAGCGCCGCCGCUCACACCACCGCUCCUGCAGUGGCGUGCUGGCGGGCACGUGUAUCACCACGGCACACAGCGCAUCUUCUACAGAGAUGACCAGGGUGUCUUGGGAGUGGAUGACAUAGUGAUUCUUCUGCACGGAUUUCCCACCUCGAGCUACGACUGGAGGAAGAUAUGGGAACCGCUGACGCAGCGAUUCAGCCGCGUGAUUGCUCUGGACUUCCUGGGAUUUGGUUUCAGCGACAAGCCGCGCCCGCACGCUUACACGCUGGAAGAGCAGGCCGACAUUGUGCAGGGCCUCGCGGUGAGGCUGGGUCUCGCCAACCGCCGCCUGCACGUCCUGGCGCAUGACUACGGUGUCACCGUGGCACAGGAGCUGCUGGCGAGGCAUGAAGAUGGAACUCCUGGACACCUACUGUUCAAAAGUGUCUGCUUUUCUAACGGAGGCCUAUUUCCGGAAACAAAUCACCCCCGGCUAUCGCAGGAGAUCUUGAACGAGGGGUUCGUGCUCUCGUCGGUGCUGAUGAGGUUGAUGAACUUCAUCUUCUUUAAACAAGGAAUCCGGGAGGUGUUUAGCCCCUACACCCAGCCCACCGACCCCGAGUUCUGGGACAUGUGGGUCGCCCUGCGCUGGAAUGAUGGGCAUCUCGUCAUCAGCAGUCUCUUGCAGUACAUCCAGCAGCGCUGGCAGAACCGGGCACGCUGGGUUGGUGCCCUCGUCGUCACCAGGGUGCCGUUGCACUUUAUUUAUGGACCAGCAGACCCUGUGAAUCCACACCCAGAAUUCGUCAACCACUAUCGCUCCCUGCUGCCGCAGUCGGCCGUGAGCGUGCUGGGCGGUCACGUCGGCCACUACCCUCAGCUGGAGGACCCGCAGGCCUUCCUCCACGCGUACAUCUCCUUCAUCAACUCGUUCUGAUCCUAGGCAACUCGUCCUGGACCGCACAGCUGGCUGGUGCCUGUGCGCAUGUGUGCGUGCGUGAGCGAACUUAAUUAGGUGUGUAACGAUGCAUCAAUUAAUUAAAGAGCACUUAUUUCACCCACAAGACAUGCAUCAAAUCGCACGAGUAAUCGGGUGUUUUUGGUUUGUCUACGUCGUAAAUAAUGGGUUCAUGCGACCCCCCCCAAAACCACUACAGAAGUGGCUCUCAACUUUUUUGGCAUGGUGGGCCCCCAAAUCAACCCCCCCCCCCUUCAGGUUAUAAAGGCCACAAUACUCGAAGCUUGCGUGUCCAUGCCACUAGUCAACGUGGUUUUAAUAAAGCCUGCGCCCCCAUUAAGCGCUUUCGGACCCUUGGAGGGUUUGUGACCUCACGGUUUGAGAACUGCUGUACUCAAGACGCUACAUUCACCACAGCAUUAAAAAUAUUGAUUAACGAUGGUGAAUCUUGAAUUUUAAUUUUGCAAUUAAUUUAAGUGAAUCGCUACAUGCCUAACAAUUGUGUGUGUAUGGACGUGUGAAUAUAUAGCGGAAGUGGUGACACAUUGCUUUGUGAAAAUUGUUUCCAACAAUAUGCAAACACUUUACGAAAUGUGGUGGGUUGUGUGUAUGACGUGUGUCCAUGUAUGUGUGCAUUGUGGGGAGAGGUAGUAUAAUGGUUAGCAUGCUGCACUACGAACCCGGCGACCAGAGUGCGAUUCCCGAUUACGGCCAACACC